CAGAUGUCCACCCAGCGCGUCAAACAUGACUAGCAGACAAUCUUCGUCCAGGCAAUGGGGACAGCGUCGACGGAUGUCGCGAUCAUUGGCGCCGCCAUGAUGCUCCUCCUCAUCAUCAUGGGCUAUUGCUUUGUGCGGAUAGUUAUCUCGCAGAAGGGACAACAUGUCGACCCGAACUUCUUCCGCCGCGUUCCACUCAUGGAGGAAGACUUCCUUGGUGCUCUCUACGGUCUAAACCGGAACGAUAUUGAAGAACUGAUGUGCGAUGUCGAGAAAUGGAAUUGCGGAGUCUGCGCGUUCGCAAACAUCCCCGACGCGACUUCGUGUGCGCUGUGCGAAACCAAGCCAGGCAUUGUCGUGACGGAGAACGGCGUUGGACCUGAGCUCCUUCACCCGACGAACUUGACGCCGAUGCAACUGAGUGCGCGGACGAGGAAGCAGUGGCUACGAACACUCGAUGCCAGUGGACAGAUCGUGUGGUCCCAAAUGACCAAUGCGACCACCGACGACAAGUACUUUGUUGUGACGGCGACGCUGCCGACGGUGUCCGAGAUCGACAUUUACGCAGUCGCUGACACAAAUGUCGGGGACCAGGUCCAAAUAGUCGUGGACGAGCCCUCGAGCGAACCUCCAACGACCGAUGCUACUCAUCGCACCUCCCACUCGCAAAAGAUCGACGAUGCGGUGGACGAGGCCCUAGCCAGUCGGAUGUCGUUGGAGCGGGACUCGAUAGAAUUGGUGGACAUGACCCGCCCAGAACAGCAAGUGCGAGUGGAGCUGGCAUUUCAGCCGCUGUCGAUGGACAGUGCUGGCCGUACGCUGGUCGGUACAACCUUGCCCCCUUGGCUCGUCCGGCAGGUGGAUGCGCUCACAAACGAGCACUUUUCUGUGAAAUAUUUGGCCUUGCUGUCGCUUCUGCGGGCCAAUAUGGACUACGGGUACUCCAAGCUAAAGGUGUAUCGAGAACGCAUUUAUGAAGAAUCGAUGCAGUUGCUACAGCUACUCGGUCCCUUGCAUCGCUGCGCAAGGACUCGCAUUGAGCUGCUCGGGGAAGCGGGCGUCGAUGCCGGUGGGUUGCAACGCGAAUGGUACACAUUGUUUACUCAAGCAGUGUUUGAGCCAUCCGCGGGUCUGUUUGUUGCCACGGACUCGUACGGCUACACGCUCAACCCCGCUUCCAACUCGGCCGGCGACCUCGCCAAGUUUCGAGCGGUCGGCCGACUUCUCGCCCGGUCCAUCCUGGACGAGCAAGUCCUGCCAUUCCACUUUACUGUGCCACUGUUCAAGAUGAUCCUGGGCACCCCGCUUUCGAUGACAGACAUGCUGUACACAGACAAGCAGAUCUACACAAGUCUCAAGUUUGUCGAGUCCAGUGCGGACGUCGAGAGUUUGUGCCUCGACUUUAGCGUCGCGCUGGCGUCGGGCGAGGUCGUGGAAUUGAUGCCGAACGGGCAGGACAUCAUGGUGACGGCGAGAAACCAGACCGAGUACGUGCAACGGAUGCUGCAGUACUUGUUGUUCGACCGGAUUCAACCACAGUUGCAGAGUCUGCUGACGGGACUGUUUGAGGUGCGUGCCGUCAGGAUCGCACAAGCGCUGAUGGCUGCAUAGAUCCUUCCCCAGCACUACUUGAUCAUGUUUGACCACAAGGAGCUCGAGCUGGUGCUGUGCGGGGUGACAGAGAUCGACGUGGCUGACUGGAAGCAAUUCACCGCGACGUCCAUGACGCUCCGCCGUGGUGGCGAGCAUUCCAUCAAGAUGGAAUGGUUUUGGGAAAUCGUGACAGCCAUGUCCACGCAAGACCGAGCCAAGCUCCUGCAGUUUGCGACCGGAUCCACUCGUGUACCGGUCCAAGGUACAUUUCGCCAUGUCGACGACGUCUUGUUGAGCCAACGGCGUAGGAUUCAAGGGCCUGACGAGCUACGAUGGUCUCCUGUGUCCGUUCUCGGUGAAGGCGAUCGACUACCGCCGAGGCAUCCUGCCGCGAGCCCAUGCGUGCUUCAACCGAAUCGACUUGCCCUUGUACCCGACCAAGGUCAUGAUGGAAGAAGGCCUCAAGACAGUGGUGCAGUUAGCAAUGUCCGACUUCACGAUGGUGUGAGGGAGCUGGGCAAGGAGUCGUGAUGUGGUGGUGUCUGCUGUGCUUGCCGUUGUUGAAAGUGUGUUGACCAGUGUCCGUAUGAAGGAACCCGUGAUAGAUUCUUUGGCAACGCUUGUCUUGGAUGCACUCGCACGGGGUGGGAGUUGGUCACCCGUUCGCCGCUGUAUUCGCCAGGCGCGUCGGCUCCAAUGGAGCGAAUCCAUGCUGGGAUGUGCUGUCCAAAUGUAGUUUCCGUCACAUCUGAACAAUCGGUUCCCAGCUUGACUUCUGUCCGCAGCUCUUGACUCAGUUGCAUCCUUGGCUACCUUUGUUUCCAUCAUGUUGAAUCUUUCUCGUGGUCACGGACAGUCGCAUUCUUUCCAGAGAGGACGUCGCAGCGAGAGGUGGUUGGCGCAAGGCUCAGCACGGGAGCAACACGGAUGGAUUGGGAUUCGCUCCAUGGCUUACCACUUGCCCAAGCAUCCGUCGAUGAAGCUGAUGGAAGAUGCCCUCCACCAAAUUGUCGCGAUGGGGUCGAUCGAGCGCAUCGCACCCUCCAUUGAAC